GCUGAACAAGGAUUGGAAAUGGCAUUCCGUCAAUACGAAGGUACCAUAAAACCUGCACCGAAUUUCGAUGCGGAAGAGGCAGCCGAACAGUUGGAGAAGGCGAUGAAAGGUUCAGGUUGCGAUAAGAACAAAGUCAUCGAAGUGAUCGCCAAAUGCAACAAUGCACAACGACAAAUGAUUCGAACUCCUUACAGAACGAAGUACAACAAGGAUUUGAUCGAAGAGCUGAAAAGGGAAUUAUCGGGUGAUUUUGAGAAUGUUAUCAUUGGUCUGAUGGAACCACCAACUAAAUAUGAUGCUAUUCAGCUGCAUCAAGCUGUCAAGGGACUCGGUACGCGUGAAUCAACAUUAGUUGAUAUACUGUGUUCACGUACAAACAACCAGAUGGAUGCAAUCAAGAUUGAAUACAAAAACAAUUUCAAUAAACAACUCGAAGAAGAUAUUGUUGGUGAUACGAGUGGAGACUUCAAAGAUUUGUUAUUGGCGCUUCUCAAUAAUAAACGAGAUGUCACUUUCAAUGUGGACGUUGGAAAAGCUCGCGAGGAAGCGAGAAAAAUAAUGGGAAAUAAAGCGAGAAAAGAGAAACCCGAUAAGGCGACUAUGAUGCACGCAUUCACAACCGAGAACUUCAGACAGCUGGCGAGGCUUUUCAGUGAACAUCAAAGUCUUAGCGGUGAAACAAUGCAAGAGGAACGUGGUAUCGUGAACUCAAGUAUCGCUGAAAAUCGUGGAAUGGUCAUUCGAUGCAUUUCGAAUGAUGUAAACCUAUUCUUUCAUCUUCAGAAAAUGUUCUCGGGCGAUGCUAAAGUAGCGUACCUAGCGUUGAUUGAUUCGCUGUCCAAUAAACCAAGAUUCUUCGCACGUCAACUGUACGAAGCAAUGAAGGGUCUUGGAACAGCGGAUGACGAUUUGAUUCGUAUCGUCGUGGCACGUUCGGAGCUUGACCUGGCCGAUAUCCGCGAUGAAUUCGAGCGAGUUUAUAAGAAGCCUCUCGUCGACUGGAUCAAAUCUGAGUGUUCGGGUGCGUAUCGUGAUGCGUUGAUCACGAUUGUCAAAGGCAAUUAA